AUGGACUUUGCGCAACCACUGAUAGAAUCCGAGUCGGUCACUACAAAAUCCAAGAUCCGUCACAUUCUAGUAAAGCCUAGCGAGAAUGAUGAUCCACCAAAACUAGACGACAUGUUGGUGGAAGCUGCCAAUCAAGCUGCAUCGAAUGUGUUUGGCAACAACAAUACAGAUUCAUCACAAUACCCAGAGCGAGUAAUUCCACAAUCUGAGAAAAUAGAGGAGAAUGCAUUGGUCGUCAUUUUUGAAAGUUUUGAUAAUCUAGACUUUUGCUACGCCAAAAGUGGGGAGAUAUUCAACAAUCGCAAUGGACAUUUUCAUCAUGACGAUUUCAUUGGAAAACCUUAUGGCUCCAAGAUUCGAUCACGGAACAAUCAAGGAUAUGGGUUUGUAUUUUUGCUCAAACCUACUCCAGAGUUGUGGGCUCGCUCUUUGAAACAUCGAACCCAGAUUGUUCAUGAACUUGAUGCAAGUAUGAUUGUCUUUUAUCUGAAUCUGAGACCGAACAUGGUGGUUUGCGAAUCGGGAACUGGAUCUGGUGCCCUGUCCCACUGUAUCAUGAGAACGAUUGCACCCCAUGGCAAACUGUAUACUUACGAAUUCAAUGGCAUGCGUGCCGAAACAGCGAGACAAGAGUUUGCAAAAAAUAGAGUGGGUCAUUUAGUUGAGGUGCUUCAUAAGGAUGUAUGUGGUAAGCACGGUCCUGGGGGUUUCGACCGUCCACAAGCAUCUGUGGAUGCCAUCGUUCUAGACUUGCCAGAACCUUGGGCAGCAGUGCCGCACUGCGGGCACAUACUGAAACCAAAUGCUCGGCUGGCUUCGUAUAGUCCUUGUGUGGAACAAGCGCAAAGAACCAUUGAAGAAUUGAAGAAAUGCGGCUUUCACAGCAUCAAGACUAUGGAAUUCCGUUUGAAGGAACAUUAUGUAGACGAAGUGGAGUACGACCCUCCACCCAGAGAAAAGCGCCCGAGACUACCCACUCAUCUUGGCCCUACAGGCAAAUCAAACACAGGGACAAAGACUGCAACCGAUGCGGAAGCAGAAAAACAAGAGCAGGAGGAGGAGGUGACGAAAGGCCAACCAGCAGCCACCGACCAAGCUUCCAGUGACAAUGCAACCGCUGGGUCCAAACGAAAGAAGCUUCUAGUAACCCGACCUUUUGCGAUGAUGAGAGGGCAUACUGCCUUCUUGACCUUUUGCACAGCUGGUAACACGCCACAACCCGAUCCAAACCAAUAA